UGAUGUAAAAAAAUAGUACAUUGUAAUGUAAUGUGACUCAUUUCACAUUUUUGACGAUGUUUUUAAAAUCAAUGUUUCUGUAAGAACGGAACGCAACGAAUUGUCAGUGUCAGUUUUAAUGGUCAAGGCUAGCUGGCGUUUCAUGGUGAUUUUGUUUGGAAUCGUACCGAAAAUUUGUUAAAAUGGCUUUAAAACGGGAAAGAGGUAGUAAUUUUACUCGCGUAGAAAGUGACACGUUAAUUCAACUUGUACUUAAAUAUAAAAACGUGCUGGAAAACAAAAAAAGCGAUGCCGCUACAUGGGCGGAAAAAGAACAAUGUUGGCAGAAAAUAGAAACAAGUUUUAACAGUAUAAGUAGUGUUCGAUUUCGUAGUGCAAAAGCGCUAAAAAUCAAAUACGACGGAAUAAAGAGGGAUACGAGAAAGAAAUCCGCGGCGAUCCGGGCAGAAACGUAUCGUACGGGAGGCGGUCCAAGUACCGCUCCAAUGUUGACACCGAGCGAAGAAAAAGUAAAGGAGAUGAUUUUACUUUCAGUGGUUGGAAUGGACAGUGUAUUUGACUCUGACAAAAUAACAGAAACAGAAUCUCCUCAACUGAUGACCAACCCAAAUAUAAUUGAUGAUAAUUCUAGAAAUUUCACUGAGUUUCACCAAUCUGAACCUGUAGUUGUUGAAACUAUUGAAAUGCCUGAUGAAACGCUUCUGAUACAUGAAGAACCAAUAUCAAAUGCUUCAUGUGAGAAUGAGCAAAAAAUAAGAAAGUUGAGCAAAAACAACUCUGAUGAUGCCGAUGUUGAAUCUGCCACAAAAUGGUCACAAUGGAAACCAUCAUCUUUACGUGCAAAGAAACAUCCUGCUUUGUGUAAACAGAAACCCAAGAGACCUUUUGAAAGGGUGGCAGAAAGCAAACUGGAAAUUGCAGGCAUCCAAAAACAAAUUCUUGAAGAAGAAUUAGAGAAUAAACGGAAACAGUGGUUAUUUGAAGAAGAAGAACGACAGCACAAACAAACAAUGUGGGCCUUAGAGAGGCAAUUGUUACAAAAUAAAAUAGAUAAAAUUGUGUAAACAUUUUAUUUCCAAUAAAUUUUUGUACAUAGC